CCCGCGCCGUGUCCGCGGCGGAGCCGCCCAGGUGCGCAGGAGGAUGGUGGCGCGGCCCUAGGCCCACGCUCCGCACCAUGACCUGCUGGCUGUGCGUCCUGAGCCUGCCCCUGCUCCUGCUGCCCGCGGCGCCGCCCGCGGCUGGAGGCUGCCCGGCCCGCUGCGAGUGCACCGCGCAGAACCGCGCCGUGGCCUGCACGCGCCGCCGCCUGACCGCCGUGCCCGACGGCAUCCCGGCCGAGACUCGCCUGCUGGAGCUCAGCCGCAACCGCAUCCGCUGCCUGAACCCGGGCGACCUGGCCGCGCUGCCCGAGCUGGAGGAGCUGGACCUGAGCGAGAACGCCAUCGCGCACGUGGAGCCCGGCGCCUUCGCCAACCUGCCGCGCCUGCGCGUCCUGCGUCUCCGUGGCAACCAGCUGAAGCUCAUCCCGCCCGGGGUCUUCACGCGCCUGGACAACCUCACGCUGCUGGACCUGAGCGAGAACAAGCUGGUAAUCCUGCUGGACUACACUUUCCAGGACCUGCACAGCCUUCGCCGGCUGGAGGUGGGCGACAACGACCUGGUGUUCAUCUCGCGCCGCGCCUUCGCGGGGCUGCUGGCCCUGGAGGAGCUGACCCUGGAGCGCUGCAACCUCACGGCUCUGUCCGGGGAGUCGCUGGGCCAUCUGCGCGGCCUGGGCGCCCUGCGGCUGCGCCACCUGGCCAUCGCCGCCCUGGAGGACCAGAACUUCCGCAGGCUGCCCGGGCUGCUGCACCUGGAGAUUGACAACUGGCCGCUGCUGGAGGAGGUGGCGGCUGGCAGCCUGCGGGGCCUGAACCUGACCUCGCUGUCGGUCACCCACACCAACAUCACCGCCGUGCCGGCCGCCGCGCUGCGGCACCAGGCGCACCUCACCUGCCUCAAUCUGUCGCACAACCCCAUCAGCACGGUGCCACGGGGGUCGUUCCGGGACCUGGUCCGUCUGCGCGAGCUGCACCUGGCCGGGGCCCUGCUGGCUGUGGUGGAGCCGCAGGCCUUCUUGGGCCUGCGCCAGAUCCGCCUGCUCAACCUCUCCAACAACCUGCUCUCCACGUUGGAGGAGAGCACCUUCCACUCGGUGAACACGCUAGAGACGCUGCGCGUGGACGGGAACCCGCUGGCCUGCGACUGUCGCCUGCUGUGGAUCGUGCAGCGUCGCAAGACCCUCAACUUCGACGGGCGGCUGCCGGCCUGCGCCACCCCGGCCGAGGUGCGCGGCGACGCGCUGCGAAACCUGCCGGACUCCGUGCUGUUCGAGUACUUUGUGUGCCGCAAACCCAAGAUCCGGGAGCGGCGGCUGCAGCGCGUCACGGCCACCGCGGGCGAAGACGUCCGCUUCCUCUGCCGCGCCGAGGGCGAACCGGCGCCCACCGUGGCCUGGGUGACCCCCCAGCACCGGCCGGUGACGGCCACCAGCGCGGGCCGGGCGCGCGUGCUCCCCGGGGGGACGCUGGAGAUCCAGGACGCGCGGCCGCAGGACAGCGGCACCUACACGUGCGUGGCCAGCAACGCGGGCGGCAACGACACCUACUUCGCCACGCUGACCGUGCGCUCCGAGCCGGCCGCCAACCGGACCCCGGGCGAGGCCCACAACGAGACGCUGGCGGCCCUGCGCGCGCCGCUGGACCUCACCACCAUCCUGGUGUCCACCGCCAUGGGCUGCAUCACCUUCCUGGGCGUGGUCCUCUUCUGCUUCGUGCUGCUGUUCGUGUGGAGCCGCGGCCGCGGGCAGCACAAGAACAACUUCUCGGUGGAGUACUCCUUCCGCAAGGUGGAUGGGCCGGCCGCCGCGGCGGGCCAGGGGGGCGCGCGCAAGUUCAACAUGAAGAUGAUCUGAGGGGUCCCCAGGGGCGGACCCUCCCUUCCCUUCUCCUCCCCCGCGGGCCGGCCGCUCGCGUGUCCACCUAUGCAUUUUCCGGAGGGGAAGGGGGAGGCUGCACGGCGCUCCCCAGGCAGAACUUCCCCUUUUUUUGUAGACGCCCAACCGCAGGACUGUUUUUCAUCAGCAUGCGUCUUUUUGCAGUUUCUCAAGCGUUUUCUAAAGAUUUCAACCC